AACGAAGUUUAUGCGUUUGAUGAAAAGAAGAGUUCGGUCUUGUUGAUUUGUUGAUUGCAUAAAAAUUUAAAUUACUUGGACUGCUUCCUGAUUUGAUUUGUUUGUGAAAUGGAUUCUUAUCAGAGAAAGAGAAGAUAUCAGGAAGAGCAGUCUUCGGAUGAUGAUAAUUACACACCGUAUAUUCCAUUGAAAGAACGACGGAAAAUGGAGCUGGAGAAAAAAGAAAAACUCCUAAAAAAGAAAUCAAAUACAGUUGAGAAGGUUAAAGAGGUUGAGAAACCUGAAAAGACCAAAGAAGAACUUAUCAUCUCUGCUCCAGUACCUAAUGUUAGCCUGUUAGACCAACACAGUGAGCUUAAGAAAAUUGCAGAAGCUGUAAAAGAAUCCCAUUAUGAUAAACAAUUGAAAGAAGAAGAAAAGAUCUUGGAAAGCAUAGCAGAAAGGAAAGCUCUAAUGGCAGUUGGGGAGAUUGCCAAAGGCAUUGUAUAUACAGARUCCAUAAAGACAGGUUGGACUCCACCCAGAUACAUAAAGAACAUGCCAGAAGAAAAGUUUCAUAAAAUUAGGAAAAAAUGGCAUAUCUUAGUAGAAGGAUCAGACAUUCCUCCACCCAUAAAGACUUUCAAGGAAAUGAAAUUCCCAAGGCCAAUCAUAAAUGCAUUAAAAAAGAAGGGUAUUGUCCAUCCUACACCUAUCCAGAUACAAGGGCUACCAGCAGUUCUAAUGGGAAGAGAUAUGAUUGGCAUAGCAUUUACUGGUUCUGGGAAGACCUUGGUUUUUACUCUACCAAUUAUAAUGUUCUCUUUAGAGCAGGAAAAAGCUCUUCCUUUCCAAAGAAAUGAGGGUCCUUUUGGUUUGAUUGUGGUCCCAUCGAGAGAAUUAGCCAGACAAACUUAUGAUGUCAUUACAUAUUUAACAAGGGCUCUAGAAGCUGAUGGUUUUCCAACUCUAAGGACAUCCCUGUGUAUUGGAGGAAGCUCCAUCAAAGAUCAGACUGAAGCAAUGAAAAGAGGCGUGCAUAUGGUUGUAGCAACUCCUGGACGACUUAUGGACUUGUUGGACAAAAAGAUAUUAACUCUUGAUACAUGCAGAUAUCUUGUUCUUGAUGAGGCUGACCGYAUGAUUGACAUGGGAUUUGAGGAAGAUGUGAGAACAAUUUUUUCAUACUUCAAGUCCCAGCGUCAAACUCUGCUUUUCAGUGCCACCAUGCCAAAAAAGAUCCAAAACUUUGCCAAAAGUGCCUUAGUGUUGCCAGUAACCGUAAAUGUUGGGAGAGCUGGAGCAGCUAACUUAGAUGUCAUCCAGGAAGUGGAGUACGUAAAACAAGAAGCCAAGAUUGUCUACCUAUUAGAGUGUCUUCAGAAAACACCACCACCGGUAUUAAUUUUUGCGGAAAAGAAAAAAGACGUCGAUGAUAUUCAUGAGUACUUACUACUCAAAGGAGUCGAAGCAGUAGCUAUCCAUGGUGAUAAAGAUCAAGAGGAGCGUGUGCAUGCCGUGCAGGGCUUUCGUCAAGCCGUUAAAGACGUACUGGUAGCUACAGAUAUAGCUUCCAAAGGUCUUGACUUUCCUGAUGUUCAGCAUGUUGUCAACUUUGAUAUGCCUGAAGAUAUUGAAAAUUACGUCCACAGGAUUGGAAGAACAGGCAGAUGUGGCAAGACAGGAAUUGCUACUACUUUUAUCAACAAGUCUUGUGACGAGUCAGUGCUACUUGAUCUCAAGCAUUUGUUACUUGAGGCAAAGCAGAAGAUACCACCUGUACUUGCAGCAUUACAAGCCGACAACGAAGAAUACUUAGAGCUUGGAGACGAACGUGGUUGUGCAUACUGUGGAGGUCUUGGUCAUCGUAUCACAGAGUGUCCAAAACUAGAAGCCAUGCAAUCAAAACAAGCUGGAAACAUUGGAAGACGGGACUAUUUGGCCCAUGGCUCAGCAGACUGGUAGAGGGUACUUUCACGAAUGCCACUUAUGCUGCACUCAGUCACAAUGAAUCAUGGCAGUAUUUAAAUGACAUUUUCUCAGACCUUUUAUGAGAGACCACUUCACAAUGUGUAAGGUCGACACAUUGCCCUGAAAUUAGUAUCUUUCAUGUGGCCCAUUGGAAAUGACAAUUCGCAAAACAUAGUUCUACUAUAUAACCUUAUAGUGCUAAAUCAUGGUCAGCGAAAAGAAACCAUUAACAGACGCUCUGCAUACUUCAUAAGAAAGACCGUGAAUUGUGUCAAUAAUGUACAGCAACACUAUGAGUUGUAAAUAUGAAUACCYAAAAUAAAACGAACUUCCUGUAA